AGUGAGGCGGCCGCGUCGGCAGCCGCCCGCGCGUCAGGCGGGACCUCGAGCUGUCCGGCGGUCGCAGGCGCCGAGGCAUUUGCCGUUUCCUACCGGGCUCGGCGUUCCCGGCCCUGCAGAGCGCCCCUGGGGAGGGGCGGAGCUGUAGAUAUGGCAUAAGAUAUUUCUUCGAGAUUGGACAGCUGGUGACCUGCUAUUUCUGAUGGCCUUAAGCUGACUUGAUAGCCAUAGAGAAACCUCACGGAAUUGUGUUGUUUUCUGCUUUACACCAUUUCUGGUGCCGGAGUUCACCCUGCAACCAUGUAUGGAAGCGCUCGAUCGGUAGGGAAAGUGGAACCAAGCAGCCAGAGUCCUGGGCGAUCACCUAGGCUUCCACGGUCGCCUCGCUUAGGUCAUCGGCGAACAAAUAGUACAGGAGGGAGUUCUGGAAACAGUGUUGGAGGUGGUAGUGGGAAGACCCUUUCAAUGGAGAAUAUACAGUCCUUAAAUGCUGCCUAUGCUACAUCUGGCCCUAUGUACCUAAGUGACCAUGAAAACGUGGGUUCAGAAACACCUAAAAGCACUAUGACACUUGGCCGUUCUGGGGGACGCCUGCCUUACGGUGUUAGGAUGACUGCUAUGGGUAGUAGCCCCAAUAUAGCAAGCAGUGGGGUUGCUAGCGAUACCAUAGCAUUUGGAGAACAUCACCUCCCUCCUGUUAGUAUGGCAUCCACUGUACCUCACUCUCUUCGUCAGGCAAGAGAUAACACCAUCAUGGAUCUGCAGACACAGCUGAAGGAAGUAUUAAGAGAAAACGAUCUUUUGAGGAAGGAUGUGGAAGUAAAGGAAAGCAAAUUAAGUUCUUCGAUGAAUAGCAUCAAGACCUUCUGGAGCCCAGAGCUGAAGAAAGAGCGAGCCUUGAGAAAAGAUGAAGCUUCCAAAAUCACCAUUUGGAAGGAGCAGUACCGAGUUGUGCAGGAAGAGAACCAGCACAUGCAGAUGACGAUCCAGGCUCUCCAGGAUGAGUUGCGGAUUCAGAGGGACUUGAAUCAGCUGUUUCAGCAAGAUAGCAGCAGGCCUGGAGAGCCUUGUGUGGCGGAGCUGACAGAGGAGAACUUCCAGAGGCUGCACACUGAGCACGAGCGGCAAGCCAAGGAGCUCUUCCUUUUGCGGAAGACCCUGGAGGAAAUGGAGCUGCGGAUUGAAACGCAGAAGCAGACCCUAAGUGCUCGGGAUGAGUCCAUUAAGAAGCUUCUGGAGAUGUUACAGAGUAAAGGGCUGUCUGCCAAAGCCACGGAGGAAGACCACGAAAGAACAAGACGGCUAGCAGAGGCAGAGAUGCACGUCCACCACCUAGAAAGUCUGUUGGAGCAAAAGGAAAAAGAGAAUAAUAUGUUGAGAGAGGAGAUGCAUCGGAGAUUUGAGAAUGCCCCUGAUUCUGCCAAAACAAAAGCCUUGCAAACCGUCAUUGAGAUGAAGGAUUCAAAAAUUUCUUCCAUGGAGCGUGGUCUCCGAGACCUGGAAGAGGAAAUUCAGAUGCUGAAAUCCAAUGGGGCUCUGAGUACUGAAGAGCGGGAGGAGGAGAUGAAACAGAUGGAGGUGUACAGGAGCCACUCUAAGUUCAUGAAAAAUAAGGUAGAGCAACUGAAGGAGGAACUAAGUUCGAAAGAGGCUCAAGGGGAGGAGCUGAAAAAGAGAGCGGCUGGUCUUCAGUCUGAGAUUGGCCAGGUGAAGCAAGAGUUGUCCAGAAAGGACACUGAACUACUAGCCUUACAAACAAAGCUAGAAACGCUCACGAACCAGUUCUCAGACAGUAAGCAACAUAUUGAGGUGCUAAAGGAGUCCCUCACUGCUAAGGAACAAAGAGCUGCCAUCCUGCAGACUGAGGUGGAUGCUCUUCGAUUGCGUUUGGAAGAAAAGGAGACUAUGCUGAAUAAAAAAACCAAACAAAUUCAAGAUAUGGCUGAGGAGAAGGGUACACAAGCUGGAGAGAUACACGACCUCAAGGACAUGUUGGACGUGAAGGAACGGAAGGUCAAUGUUCUUCAGAAGAAGAUUGAAAAUCUCCAGGAACAACUGAGAGAUAAAGAAAAGCAGAUGAGCAGCUUGAAAGAGCGAGUCAAGUCUCUCCAGGCGGAUACCACCAACACAGAUACAGCUCUAACGACCUUGGAGGAGGCUCUUGCAGAGAAAGAACGGACAAUUGAACGCUUGAAGGAGCAACGGGACAGAGAUGAGCGAGAGAAGCAGGAGGAGAUUGAUACCUACAAAAAAGAUCUUAGAGACUUGAAAGAGAAAGUCAGCCUGCUGCAAGGAGACCUCUCGGAGAAGGAGGCUUCUCUACUGGAUCUCAAAGAGCAUGCUUCUUCCCUGGCUUCCUCAGGACUGAAAAAGGACUCACGCCUCAAGACCCUAGAAAUUGCUCUUGAGCAGAAGAAGGAAGAGUGCCUGAAAAUGGAGUCCCAGCUGAAGAAGGCACAUGAAGCAACAUUGGAAGCUAGGGCCAGUCCAGAGAUGAGUGACCGAGUACAGCACUUGGAGAGAGAGAUUGCCAGGUACAAAGAUGAAUCCAGCAAGGCCCAGACAGAAGUUGACCGCCUCUUGGAAAUCUUGAAAGAGGUGGAAAAUGAGAAGAAUGACAAAGAUAAGAAGAUAGCUGAAUUGGAAAGUCUCACUUCAAGGCAAGUGAAAGACCAGAAUAAGAAGGUAGCCAACCUGAAGCACAAGGAGCAGGUGGAGAAGAAGAAGAGCGCACAGAUGCUGGAGGAGGCCCGGAGAAGGGAGGACAGUCUCAGCGACAGCUCUCAGCAGCUGCAGGACAGUCUCCGUAAGAAGGAUGACAGGAUUGAAGAGCUGGAAGAGGCACUGAGAGAAAGUGUGCAGAUAACUGCAGAGCGUGAAAUGGUGCUGGCACAAGAGGAAUCAGCCAGGACCAGUGCUGAGAAACAGGUGGAAGAGCUGUUGAUGGCCAUGGAGAAGGUGAAGCAGGAGCUGGAGUCCAUGAAAGCUAAGCUGUCCUCCACGCAGCAGUCCCUGGCAGAGAAGGAGACACAUCUCACCAAUCUCCGGGCAGAGAGAAGGAAGCACUUAGAGGAAGUUCUGGAGAUGAAGCAAGAAGCUCUUCUGGCCGCUAUUAGUGAGAAGGAUGCUAAUAUAGCUCUUCUGGAGCUGUCGUCCUCAAAGAAGAAGACCCAGGAAGAAGUGGCUGCACUGAAACGGGAGAAGGACCGCCUGGUGCAGCAGCUCAAACAGCAGACACAAAAUCGAAUGAAGCUAAUGGCUGACAACUAUGAGGAUGACCACUUCAAAUCUUCCCGUUCCAAUCAGACAAACCAUAAACCCUCCCCAGACCAGAUCAUCCAGCCCCUCUUAGAACUUGACCAAAAUAGAAGCAAGUUAAAGUUGUAUAUUGGACACCUGACAGCCCUCUGCCAUGACCGAGACCCCUUAAUCCUUCGUGGACUCACUCCACCAGCUUCUUAUAAUACAGAUGAUGACCAGGCAGCUUGGGAGAAUGAGCUGCAGAAGAUGACCCAGGAGCAGCUUCAGAGUGAGCUGGAGAAGGUUGAAGGGGACAGUGCCGAGCUCCAGGAGUUUGCCAACACCAUUCUCCAGCAGAUAGCCGAUCACUGCCCGGACAUCCUUGAGCAAGUUGUCAAUGCCCUGGAAGAGUCCUCCUGAGGUGCUCCAAGCAAGGUGACCAAGGAGCCGCCCCACACCAGACCCUGCCAGCUGGCCCUGCAAAUCCGGCCAUCUGUGUCUGUCAUCCUCUGCCCGCUGCUCUGAAUGUUGUCUCUGCACAGAUCUCCUUGGUCUCCAGGAAGAACUGCCCUGUCGUCAGCAGAGCUGGGGAGGCCAGGAACAGGAAGCCGGAGCCUGGUGGCCUCAUCUAGAGUCUGUUCAGAGUGCUUGGUGCUGAAGCAUGAGAGUGAGUGCUCGCUCCGCAGACGGUAGAGAAGGAGGGAGCGGGUGGCCCGGGACAGAGAGAAGAGCACUCCCCCGCCUGCCCUGCCCCCAUGUCUGCCCUUCUGGCCUGCUGUCAUGAGCAUCGCAGAGGCAGGCCGCGGGCAGCUUAGCUCUGGCCCAGCUGGGAAUCCUGGCCUGUCCCACCUGCACUGCUCUCGGCUGACAGGAAGCUGAUGGGCACAGUGCUCACCCUGCUCACUCCUGUCGAAGACCUUUGACCUUCCCACCCUUCACUGUUGGCUUAAAUGGCUGACCUGAAGAGAAGAGGGCUUAACAGGAAGGGCCUGUUGUCACUGCUUGCAGCCUUGCUCCUCCAGAAGAUGUCCCGUAGGGCCAUGCUGAUUCCUCCUGAUCAUCACCCACGAUGCUGUCUGCUCCCUCCACCUUGCCCCAAGCUACUGUAGGACAGGGCUUCCUAGAGUAUGUGGUCCAUGGCCCACCCUCUCAACUCUACCCUUAAGGUGCAUCCUCAGAGUCACAGCCUCGAGCGCUGCCUAGAAACUUCCUUUGGCACAACUGAGUUUGUCUUAUCUCAUACACAUUCCUCCCUCUAUUCAUUCAUUCAUUCAAAAAAUAUUAUGAAAUGCUCACUGUGUGCACAUCAGUGUGUGAAGCACCCAUCUUUGGAAAAGCCUCUGAUAGGGAGAGGUGUGGGGAUCCUGUGAGACGUGCUCAGUUAGUUGAAUCAUGGCGGUGAAAGCAUGCCUUCUCCCCUCCAUCUUCCUAGAGGUGGCCUUCUCAGACCAGCAUUCUCUGUUUCCCACUGUAGAGGCGUCAGUGGGCUUGGGUGGCUGAGUCACCUCUUGGCCUGCAGGGUCCCAUUUGGCAGUUCAGGACCUUUGCUGCUGGUGUUGUUACCCUGACAAGUGUUCUGUGUAGGUGGCUGUACCUGUCCAUUUGUGUCAGCUGCCUGCUUAACACGUUCAUGCACACCCCAGGGACUCAGCCAGCGCCAUGAAACCAGGUGCAGACGACAGCAGUCACAAGGAACCAGGCUCUGAGAAACAGACAGCAGCACACAUCUAGUCCUUCAGUCCCUGAAGCAAACACCUCAAAAGAAUGUAAUGCUGCCUGUAAAUCCCCCACAGCCCUCAGCCUAGGACCUCAUGAGACUGCCACUACUGCCACACUAACAGUCCCAUCCCUGCUCCCCUUCUUCCCUGCCAUAAGGUGUUCCCUUGUGGGAGAUGCUGAGGUUUGAACGGACUGCCAUGAACCUGUCUGAGGUGCUUUCGGAGAUUCCGGCUUGGCCAGGAAUAUGGAGAUUAGGCCAGAAAUGAUCACUGCUGCUCACUUCUCUCAGUUCUUUUCAUUGUCCCAUCCAUAAAUCCUGUAGAAGACCCCAGUAUUUCAGGACAGGAAAGUCAGAAUCUGAUUGUAUGCCCAUAACAUAAGGAAGCACCACCCAGUAACAGCUUCACAGGCUAUGGUGGAAUCCAGAAAGCAGGAGAGUCCGAGUCCACAGGAGCAGCCUGGCCCUGACGCUGGUCAGCUGUUCUCCAACUGCUGUGAGGGAUCACCCCAGGCAGGCCUCCCUGGUGUACCCACUGGUGUUUGUCUGCCACUCUUUACCUGCUGCUUUCUCUAUCUUUUAAAACUUUUCUCCAUCAGGUCCCUGCAGAGAGGCUGCAGGAGCCUUGCGGGACACAUGCUUGUUGGGAAGGCAAGUGUGUAGGACAGACAUUGAUCUGUGCACCACAGCAAAGGGGUCUCCACCCCGGGCGGAGAUCCAGUGAUUCAAAUGGUUCUGGAGACUGUGGAGCUAAAGUUGGACCAUAAACAUGGCCUUUGUAUUAGGCGAAGUUAAUAGGUUAUCCAGCAUUCAGAUCUUACUGACUUUACGUCAUUCAUUGAGCCAAUAUUUACCAAAUACAUAGCUGCUUUGCACUAGGACAUGUCAUCCAUGACUGUCUUCAUGCACUUCCAUGAUCCUCCAGACAUCUAGCCUGGAGAGUCACUGCAGGUUGGCUAGGAUCAUCCCCAUCACUUCCAUUCCAUCGUCAAGCCUCAUACCUUUUGCACCUAAACACCUCUAUUCCAAAUGAAGGUCAUCAUGAAGUAAGAAAUGAGGGCUGGAAUCCAACCUGGGGCUUCUAGCUAAAGCAGCAGCAUCCUUAGUAGGCCUCUGUCCUGGGGCUUCAGUGACUGACUGACUGACUGCUGACAUCUGACUGGGACCGACAGGCACUUAAAGGCCAUUAAAGAUGGAGAAGGCUGAGUGGGCGUCAGCAACCAGCAGUGUGGAGGGCGUCCUGCAGUUCCUGUCAGCCUUUCUUCUCACAUCUUCCCAAGCCCUCUGCCUCACCUGGGGGCCUUAGAAGUUCUAGACAAGCAGACGACUGCCACCACCAACAGUGUCGCAGGUCAUGCUGUGACUGGUCACGUCCCCUCCAUCUGUUUGGCUCACUUUCUCCCUCGGGAGAGAGGACGUCCGCGCAGAUGGUCCUCAGUGCUGCUGUCCUGCCCUCCACUGCUGACGCUGGCAUGGGUUUGGCAUCACGCCCUCCUGUUUGACUGAAGCGCAGGCCCCCUGGCCCCCCUCCAGGUCUUUGAGGAAGGGCCAAAGCAAGGCUGUGCUGCUGCGUAGAAAGUGACACUCACAGGCCGAAGUCCAGCAGACCCACGUCAGCAGGAUCCGUAACUCUCAAGCUGUCUCCCGGGCCUCACCUGCCUGCAGAGUCCAGAGCCGGGGCAGAGGAGCAGGAAGGAUGAGGCUGCACCACAGGCCUGUUGGGCACCCGCCGUCACUGCCAGUCUUGGAGCUGUUGACCAUUCAAAGACAUGUUCCCUCCUGUGAACCAAGAGGAUGUUCAGGGACGAGGACACGCGUGACCUGGGGAUCCUUCUGAACAAAAUGGCUGUCUGUAUUCUUUUUAAACAGAAACUUUCCAAACUUUUUAGUGUCAAAAUUGUAACCAAGUGUCCUGAUUAUUCCCACUGUGUUUGGCAAGUGCUGUGACCCUAUUGUAGGUAUUUUUCCUCCUGCCUCUUUUGAGGGAGAAGCGGUUUUAGGGUUGAUUUGGAGGAGCGGGUUAUCUGUCCCGUCCCGCCCCGCCACCUCUUCGUUUCUCUGCUUGUUUGAUAUUGUCUGUGUGAUCCAGAGAACUGGGGCAGUUACAUUGUGUCCAUUGUUGAGAAUAUUCAAAUAUUAAAAAGUAGUUAUAGAACUGAAAAAUUAAAGAGCUGUGUUUUUAAAAAUGCAAACCCAUAAAUAAUCAUGUUAACAAAGGAAUUCAAGCUAUGGGUGGCCUAGCUCCUCCCCCUCCAGGGUGGUGAGGUGGUAGCCAGGCCAGCCCUUGGGAAACACAUGACUACACUUGAGGUGGGUGACUGCCUGGGAACAAGAGACCUGCUCGGUGGAGCAGUGAGAAUCCGGGGCUCAAGGACUCUCAGUGUGUCAGGGUUUUCUAUACAUCCUCAGGACCUCUGGGUAGAGAUUGCAACGUUGGUGACCCCAGAACCACCCUUACCCUCACAUUGGGUCAAGCCUCGUGUGCCUAGUGCUGUGUGGUAACCUGGGCUUGGGCCUGCCUACCAGGCCACAGGACCUCUUCCUGCCUACUUGGUGCUAUUUCAUCAUGACCAUCCAACAGGGCAGCCUGGUCUCCAGAGCCUGUAGGCCGGUGCCAUGGAUGGCCCUCAGCCUGCAGGCCAGUGCCAUGGAUGGCCCUCAGAGCCUGCAGGCCGGUGCCAUGGAUGGCCCUCAGAGCCUGCAGGCCAGUGCCAUGGAUGGCCCUCAGAGCCUGGCCCUCUCUGGCUUCGGAUCCUAGAUUCUCCUGUUUGAAGCUUUUUAGACCCAAACCUCCUUAGCUCCAGAGAUGCCAGAGCAAGAAAGGAAGUGAGCCAGGCUGAGGCAAGGAGACGCACCCCUAUGCCACAGUGAGCACACCAGCCCAGCCCCUCCUCCUGCCACACCAGUAUUACAUCCAUCCUUUAAAGCAUCUAGUCCCGCCUGAGGCACAUGCCAUCCAUUGGGCCAGCAGCCCAGUGCAGACCAGAAGCCUGCCUUGCGCAACAGACUGUUCCAGGAUGGGGACCUGGGCUUGACUCCUCACCCCUCCUUCAGAAGAGGCGUGUUGCACUUUAGUGGGGAGCCCAGAACACUGGGCACUGGCUUCCUGUAGCUUGAGUCCCUGUAGGGAGCAGUGGUGGCGGCCUGGUGGCUUGUGUGAAGCAGCCGCGGCUGCCGUCUUCCAUUGUGCACGUGCGUGCCGUUGUUAGCGUCGAACUGCCGGCCUGAUGAUGACAUUACAAAGACGUUGUGUUCUGUUCAACUUUGCCUUGGUAACUAUUGUAAACACUUUGUUUGACGGUUUUUCUUUUUUAUUCACGAACUAAAUCCAUCAGGAAAUUAUAAACUUAUUUAAAAACUG